AUGGCUACCGCUUCGCAGGAUCGACCCCCAACCUUCCGGCGCGAUUCACCGUCACCCGAGAUAGCCCCGACCCGAGCUAUAGGGGCCUCCCCAGAGCUAUCCCGCUGUCUCUCGAGUACCUCAAUGGCCUCACAAGGGUCCGCUACUACUGACGGCUCGCGUCCUCGCGAGUCACUUGGGGCAGCCAGUGACACGUCCAAUCUCUCUCGCCACUCUUCGGCAAGCUUUGCUUCUUCUUCUCGUCUCUCCGAUGUGAGCGGGCUUGGUGUCGACACGGGUAGCCGAAGGAGCUGCAGUGGCAGCCGCUAUUCGACGAUGAGCAUGGACAGGCCCGCCGCUCAGCGUUCCUCAUCUCGUCGACGCGGCUACAUGCGCCCUUGUGGGACUGAUUUUGCCGCCAGCGCCCGCCAACGAGAGAGUGUCCUCAGCUUGGGCAGCAUUACACAUCUUCAGUACUACUUUGCCAGGACUGGUCUUCUUGACGGCAAAGGUGGUAACCUCGGUCGGAGGAGGAAUCAAAAGGCACAAACUCUGGAUUUUUCUCAACUGGACACGUCCGCCUUCAAGAAGACUGGCAGCGGGUCAGAUGUCGACUCAUCGUAUGCCUCCCUGGGCAGUAGCCCGGAUCUAGGCGCACAACAAACAGGCCUGGUCGAAUCUCCUAUCCGGGAGGACCACAUAGGGGACGAAGCGUACUUUGACGACGAUGUUUCUGACCCGGAGGACUACGAUGGGGCCGAGCACGGCAUGCUUCCACCAACUACCAGCACAUAUGUCCACCGCGAGAAACCUGUGCCCAAGCCACCGUCCAUGUCUGAGCUGCGCGCAGAGUUGACAAGCGCCCUCGAAACGGCCACCAAGGCACUGAUUGAGGCCAAAGAAGGCAAGGAUGUGUCCAAGGCUGAGGAUCCAGAAGACAAGGAGAAUAACACUCCAUCAAAGAAAGCGCCGGGGUGGUUUGAGGUACAGGGCGUACACAUCCUCGAUGUCAUGACGCUCGCGAUUCGAGCAGCCAAGGUCUACUAUACGAGUCACGAGCAUCCGCACAAGCUCGACGCCAUCAAGUCGGAAAAGGCUGUGCGCGCUGAGCUUUUAUCUGUGAUGGACGCGCUGAAGCGCAUGGCCUCGCGCAACUUCGCCGGGGGCAUACGUGAAGACGAGUUUGCCACUAUGGAUGGCUGGGUCGCCGGUUUGAAAGACAUGCUGAGUCGCGAGGACGAAAUGGUCGCUGCUGAGCGGAAGGAGGUUGCCAGCUGGACUUGGCUCAAGGACAACGGUUGGUCCGAUAGCUUGGAGAAGCGUGUCGAGCGCGAGUAUGCCUUCAUCAAGUCCCUGCUAGCUGGAAAUGGUUCAUUUCCCGGCCAGAGCACUGCAUCGACUACACCGACCCAGAUGACGUCGCCAACGGCAACCUCUUUUCCUGGCGCCGCCUCAUCAACGACAACAGCACAAUCACUGCUGACAGGGACCGCCACGACGGACGAGGAGACUUUGCCGGAAUGGAAGCCCAUAGACCGUAAUACCUCGCUCGAUAGUCAAACGGUGCCAACGCCGUUUCUGCGUGCCAUGCAGAACGGCAAGUUUUUGGUCAGGCUGCACAACGGAGCCGUGCAUAAGUCGCAGCGACGCUUCGGUGCCAUUGGUUCGUACCACCAAGACACGGCCAAGCCAUACCGUUCCGCCGACAACAUUCGAUACUGGGUCAAGGCCGCCGAGCUGCGCUGGGAGGUCCACCUCAAAGGCGUCGAUCCCCUGGCCCUUGUUUACGACAACGUAGGCCCUCAGGUUUGGGUGGCAUUUGAGGAUGCCAUAUUAGACUGGUGCCGCAAGGUCAGAGAGGAGAUAACUGCCGAGCUUGUUGCUGCCGGGCUAGUCUGA